GCGGCCCGAGGGACGGGGGUGUCCUCGGCGGCUGCGAGGGCGCUUCUCGCAGUCGACUGGGGCGUCGUGUGCGCUGUGGCGUCGAGCGCGCGGGGCCGCCCCGGCUCGGAGGUGGGCACGCCCCGGCCGGCUCCGUCACAGGACGUAAGGGGCGGGCGCUCCCCCCGAGGCGAGCGCUGCUGGCGGAAGGAUGUGCUCCUAGCACCCUCGCGGCGUGGCUGGAGUGAAGUGCGAACUUCGGAGGCGCUCGAGUGUUGGAACCGCGGCUAGCGGAGGCGCGGCCGGGAGGCUCACCAGCCCCUCUGUGCGGGCCCAAAGCCGUGAGAGACGUUCCCGGUGCGGGUCCGGUGCACCUGCGGGCGUCCCCGUGCGUGGGAGCUUUGCCGCGUAAAAAGGAAGAACUGAGGAGAAAACAAACUAUGAAAGUAUUGGUUAUUGGCCUUGGAGGUGUAACAAAUGGAGGGAAAACAACUCUAGCAGAAAAACUUAAGAAUAUGCUUCCCAACUGUGAUAUAAUCUCUCAAGAUGACUUCUUUAAGCCAGAGUCUGAAGUUGAAACAGAUGAACGUGGAUUUAAGCUAUAUGAUGUACUUGAUGCCCUCUAUAUGGAUGAAAUGGUGACAAGUAUUCACAAUUGGAUGAAAAGCCCAGCAAGCUCAGGUGUUGUGACAGAAGAGGCACAGAAAACAUGUGACAGUCUGAAAAAUGUUUAUAUUUUGAUCGUUGAAGGCUUUCUCCUUUACAAUUAUGAGCCACUUAAUAAACUGUGGAAUAGAAGGUAUUUUUUGACCCUUCCUUAUGAAGAGUGCAAAAGGAGAAGGAGCACCAGAGUCUAUCAGCCAGCAGAUACACCAGGGUACUUCGAUGGACACGUGUGGCCUAUGUAUUUGAAAUACAAAAAUGAAUUGGAAGAGAAUGCAAGUAUGCAAGUUGAUUAUUUGGAUGGAACAAAAUCCCAAGAGGAGCUUUUAUCCUAUGUGUAUAGUGAUAUAAUCAAGGAAUUAAACAAGCUGAGGGAAGAAAGGUACAAUUGGAAGAGAUUAGCUAAUGCAUGGAAUGGUUGUGAUGGGCUGACUUUGGCUUGACACCAAAACUGCUCUAUUAAUUUCCCCUCCUCAACAGGAGAGGGGAAAAAUGCUAUGGAUUUGCAUCUUGACUCAUGCAUCAAGAUAAAGACAGAAAGAUCACUCAGCAGUUACUCACAUACAGUCAGAACAGACAUGGUUUGGGGAAAUUAUUUUAAUUUACUGCAAAUAAAAUCAGAAAUAAUGAGAAUUAAGAAGGAAUCAUAGAACACCUUCCCCCCGCAGUCCUCCCUUCUUCCUGGGCUUGACUUCCCUCUCAAAUUCUCUACCUCCUGUCUCCCAGCAGCACAGGUGGAUAGGGAUUGUGUUGCUCCUUCCUCUUCACAGUCUUCUGCUGCUCCAGAGUGGGGUCCCUCCCACAGGGCCAGUCUUCCACCUGCUCUACGUGGUGAUUCAGAGGAGGGAAUGGAAUGAACAAUGGUAUCACCUGACUUUAUUCUCAAGCAGUCCAACAUUUGUGCUGUGGCAAGGAGCUCAGUUUUGUUAGAUCCUCCUAUAGGGAAAAAUGGUAGAUGAGCUCCAAUACAUAUCUAUGCAUUUGUAAUGCAAGUCAUUACUGGAAUAUACAUGGCACUGAACUUGAGCUUCAGCAACUUGUAAUAAGAGCUUGGGGCAUAGAUCUUUCACAGUUCUUCUGUGAUCAUGCCACAGUUUGGAGCUGCUUUUUUUAUUAUUAUUUUUUCCCUCCAAACAAAACAGGUGGUCUAACUUGGCUCCUGUGUAAGACCAGGACCCAUGUUUUCAGAGCUGGGCAGUUGUAAUUUUUGUAUUUAGAGGGAAUCCAUAGUGGAAUUAAAAGAAGGGCAACUAAAUGUCAAGGGAAUGGAGAAGCUGCUUUGCAAGGAGACCACUCCCUGUGGAGAGAAGACCAAGGGGAAAACGGGCCGCAGUUUACAACACCUUGAAAGCUGUGAGUCAAGUGGAAGCAAAACUAGUAUUCACCAUGUUUUACAAAUACUGGUCUGGGGGGCACUUCCUCAUUUGAAACAGAUUGACCAAUUUAUAUUAAGGUGAUAUUUCACAGGGAUAAAGAUGAUACUUUAUGCAGCAGAUACUGACCUUCUGAGAUGUAAUGCCAAAGGUGGCAGUACCAGCAAGUUCAGAAGGGAUCCAGAAAAUUCAUUGACAGUUCACACAUAAGAAGCAGUAAAAGAAGCAAGGAGUGCUAUAUCAUGGAUGGACUGUAGAAACUGACUAGGCUCACCUGGUUUGCCAAUAUUGUGUGCUCUUGCCAGUUGCUGCAGCAACUAAGCCACAAAAGAUAGUGAACUCUUCUGAGUCUGCUUGGUAGAUAAACUAUUUCAGGUGCCAUUAUAAAAGCUUACAGAGCUAGCCUGUAACUUGUCAUGUUGGCAGAGUGCUUUUGGUUUGAAGGUGUGUCAAAGGUUGGCACUGGCCAGAUGCUAGUGCACCUAUGAGUAUAUGUUUUUCCUAACAACUACUGUGGGAUGUGAUCAAGAACAGAGCAGAGCAGGCACAAAACUUAAAAAAAAAUAGAAAAAAACUUUAUUAAACUACAUAAGAACAGAAAUAGAAAAGAAAAAAACACACAAAAAGCAGAAAUGAAAACUUCCCAGAACAUUUCUUCUCCUCCCCCAAUUUCCACCCUUCUACGCUCAAACAAAACCCUAGGUUCUCAAUCAAAACAAUCACCUCUCAUACAAAACUAAUCUUCAAUUCAGCAAGGGAGAGAGGAGUCUCUCUCGCACCACAGACUGUCCCCCAGGAAACACAGGUCCACCCUUCUGUGUUUCCAUGGCACCACCCGGAGAAGUCUGCCAGGGUGACACCCUCCUUUCCAUGUCCAGUGCUCUCACCACUGUCCAUGGGUCAAAGCUGCAUAUAGGGCUCUUUUAAGGAUGCUUGGCCAAGUCUCAUUUUCAGGACAGCAUUCCCCCCAUCUUUCCCCUGGAGCCGAGGAUUUCAAGGACAGAGAUCUUCCCUGAGGGCAGAGGGUGCCACCACACGCUCUUCCUCUCUUUUCUGUUCGCUCCACUCUUACAGUGCCAGUCACUGUAGCAAAGUUGAGCUGACUGCAUCCACCCAAAAUACAGUCUGUGUUCAAAAGGACUCAGGUUCAGUCUAUGGCUAACAUUAUGCAAGAAAAGUCCAGCCCAAAAAGCCACUCCUCUUCAUCUCUGCCCAUCUGGGAUUCUUUUUGUCUUCCUUUGUCAUCUCAGUCCCAGGUUGUCUCUCUCUCUCUUCUCUCAAACCACCAGUCACGAGAAGCAAUGUCCGGAAAAAGUUUUCUUCUGCCUCAAAAAGAGUUAAAAGUCUCUGGCUCGGCAGUGCUGCAGGCUUGACACUCCCCACACAGCUGGGCACUUUUCCGGCCCCCGCUCCUUCUCCGCUGCCGGCUGCUGCCAAUAUCAGUUCCGAAGCGCCAAAGUGGCAAUCUCUCCCUCCCGGGGGCAGGGAGAUGGAGAACGGGGACAGAGGGCAGGUCCACAGUCUUCCACCCUUCUGUCUUGAAGAGGCUCUGCAUGGCUCUUUCCCUCCCCCACCCAGCCCCACAAGCUGGGGGGAAGGGGAGAGAUGUGUGCUCACCUUAACCGGAACCCAAUAAGAGGGCAAUCCCUCUGAAGUCCUUGCUUUUAACUCCUUGUGUUCUUAGAGGUGUGUCCAACCUCUCAGUGGCUACUCCAGGUGCCAGCGUAAAACCUGAUUUACUUUUCCCACAACUACCUGGAAAACUCACUUGCCCCUCAAACCAGGACAAGGUGGUACAGCCUUUGACAGAAAAAAAAAACCCUCUUUUUUUUUUUUUUUUUUGUUGGUUGGUUGGUUGGUUUGGGUUUUCAUGGUUUGUUGGGGUUUUUUGUUGGUUUUUUGUUUGUUUGUUUUGUUUUGGUUUUGUUGGUUUUUUUGGUUUUGUUUUUGGUUUUUGGUUUUUGGUUUUUUUUAGUUUGCUCUUGGUGAAUGCCUUUUGAUUGCCAGGGCUGUGCUAGCUGUGAAGUGGCUGGGGAGAGCUGCAUGACAGAAGUCUGUGGCUCCUUAGUGAAGGAUAGGUACCUUUCUGGAAGUGUUGUCGUCUUGGUUUGGAAAGACAGGUAUCUGUCAGGGCAAACUGGAGUUUCCCUUGGAAAGGAGAAUGUAAAAACCCCCUCCCUCCAAAUUAUUACAGUUUUGCAAUUAGGAGCUUUCAGGCAAAAAUAUGGGAAUAGGAAUAACAAUUGUUUACUAGGAAUAUUAAAAAAUGCAAAUGCAGUAAUACAAAAAACAAACAAGCAAACAAACAUCGUCUUAGAAAACCCUGAGAGAGUCAGAGACACAUCCUGACACCCUGUUGUCAGGGUGUUGGAAGCAGUCCAAAUAAGUCUUCCUGGAGUAAGAGAUAUUGUUCUGUGAAGUGGACAUCAGCCUGUAGAAAAGAAGAGUCCAGUGCUGGCGAGAUGACUCCAGUCUUCCUCCAAGAAUUGAGUAGAAAACCGGCAAAUUGGUGCUCAGGAUGGCUGGUUUUAUGCCGGUGGAAAGGCUUUGGCUCCUCCCACUGAGUGGAGCAUCUCACAAUGGAAUGAAGUAAUGUUAUCAGUCAUGUGAGAAGCCAUAAAUGGCCCAUUCACAGGUGAUGUCCCUCGGAGGACAAUGGGUGGAGGAAGAGAUAAGAAGGCACUGCCAUAUCUGGUGUUAUCAGGUGUCCCAUUAGCAGAAGGCAUCUGCCCUAUUCCCUCCCUAGAAUUACAAGAGAUAAAGAACAGUGUCUCCCAACUGGUUUCAACAGAUGAAAAUAGAAUACACAUUUUUGGUUACAUUUUCCAACCCAAGACAGUUGUCAUCUGCUGGCAGCAAUUUCAGGCUGUCACAGCUGUAAAAAAGCUUUCCUAAGUGUCUUGUAUAUAUUUAGAAAUGUGGAGCAAUAAAAGUGGUGAUUGUUCUAUAAAAAGCUAAUGGCUUUUAUGUAAGGACAGAAAUACAAGUAUAUUGUUUGAUAUUUAGAAAAUUAUUUCCUGAUGUUACAUGACAAGUCAUAAACGCAUAUAAUAGGAACAAACCUUUUAUCUCUCAGAGCUUGUGGUUCCCAUUCUAACCUUUAAACUCUAAAAGCUAAAUUUCUGUUUAGACUAUGUAUCAUUGAUUCAGAUGUUGGUUUUGUGACAUACAUGACAUUUCCUAAUUUACAUACCCACUUGGGAACAAUGAAUCUUCUGUCCAUCGAACUGGGUAUGUCUUUGGUUUCUCUCUGGCAUUGCCAUUGAAAACAAUGUCCAGUGUCCAUUUAUUGUCUGGUCAGUUACUGUAGUUAUAAAAGAACAGGAGCAGCUUGAGAGUAAAGUGAAGUGUUUUUUUGGGAUGCCGAUGCUCCUAUUUCCACAGAGAGGAAGUUAACCUUUCCUAUUCCUGUUGCGUUACUUGGAUUACUGAAUGAUUGCCCCUGUCUUUGAACAGACAGGUGGUAGUGCUCUUUAGUUUUUAAGACUGAGGGGACAGGCCCUUACAAAUGAGGUAGCCUUGUAUCAGCCACCUUUUCUCAAAGCAUGGUGGAAAGGUAUAUGGUGUGACUUGCUGCAUGACAUGGUGCCUGAACCUCGUCAAACACGUUUUGUUGGAGGAGGAUGUGCCCGUCAUCCA